UUCAAAAUGAAUCUCUUUCUAAUUUCAUUGGUAAUUGCCCUAAUCGCAUGUCUGGUUUUAAUUUUUUUGUCUGUAUUUCAUAUUAUAGUUUUUGAUGAGUUGAAAAAUGAUUUUAAAAAUCCUAUUGAUCAAUGCAAAUCCUUGAAUCCACUUAUAUUACCUGAAUAUAUUUUACACGCAUUUAUGUCCUUUUUUUUGUUAAUAGCCGGUCAUUGGAUAUUAUUUUUAUUAAAUAUACCAAUUAUUGGAUACAACAUAUUUAGAUAUAAAAAUCGUCCUCUAAUGAGUUGUCCUGGAAUUCAUGAUCCAACGAAUGUUUUAAAUUCCAACUACUUAAAAUACGCUCAGAUAGAAGGAUGGAGUAAAUUGGGAUUCCAAAUAUUCGUGUUUUUCAUCUAUCUUUAUUGUUUGAUAUACUAUCUAGUCUCGGAAUGAAUAGGAUAAUCUCGAUGAAAAAGGUCUUAUUUCCUUUAAAGCAAAAUCUCACCCAAAAAUUAAAUCACGAUAAUUUUGAUAUGUAGUAAUAUGUAUUUGCUCUUAUAUUUUUAUUCCCCCAAAUAUAUUAUGUUAUUUAUAUAAUAAUAAAUUCAUUAUACAAAAAAUUAUAAUAAUACAAAUUAUACCAAUUACUCUUUUGAAGUAUAUUUAAAAUACAAAGCACAAGAAAUAGGCAAAUGUAUAUCAUAAUUAAUAUAAAAAAAUUGUAGUUAAUGAGAAUUUUUAUGUCUUAUA